CUCAUGGUAAUCAGUUAACAUUGUGAGUAGAGUCUCUUUUGUCCCAGUAAUGGAACAGAGUCCCCACAAUGUAGGUGGAUGUCAGGUUUGGGGACCAACAAAGUCAUGUUAACAGAGACACACACACUCAUUGACAUCAUGUUUCCACUUGUUCAGAAAAUAGUUUUAUCAGUGUGAAGCAGCAGCUGUUCAGUCAUUUAUUAAUAUUUGUGAUAUUAAUACAGUUCAGACACAUCAGAGCAUCCAGACUGACUGACAUCAAGAUUUUCAUCAGAUCCCCUCAGCAGAACUCUGAUGAUGAAGCUGGUUUCAGUCUUCCUCCUCCUCCUGGCUCCAGUGUUGACCUGCUGCUUACCUCUCGUCCUCCCGCUGGACUGCAAUGACAUCCAUAACCAUGAUAAAAGCCGACUCAGUGGAGUGUACACCAUCUAUCCCAUCGGAGCCACGUCUGCUGUCCAGGUGUACUGUGACAUGGACUCAGAUGGAGGAGGCUGGACGGUGUUCCAGAGGAGGAUGGACGGCUUGCUGAACUUCUACAGGCCCUGGGAUCACUACAAGAAGGGCUUUGGUAGCGCUGCUGGAGAGUACUGGCUGGGCCUGGAGAGUCUCUUCCAUCUGACUCUGAGGAAAAGGUUUGAGAUUCGUGUCGACAUGGAGGAUUUCAGUGGGAACAAAGUGUUUGCUCGUUACUCCUCGUUCUCCAUCGACCCAGAGUCCCACGGAUACAGACUGCAUGUGUCUGGAUUCACUAAUGGAGGAGCAGGAGACGGCCUGACUUUUCACAACGGACAGAAGUUCUCCACCUUCGACAAAGACCAGGACUCCUCCAGCAGAGUUAACUGUGCCAGAAAGUACCUGGGGGCGUUCUGGUACAACAGCUGUGACAAUGCAAACCCCAACGGAGUUUAUCGCUGGGGGGCUGAUGACACUAUCAAUCGUGUUGGAGUGGAGUGGUACAACUGGAAGGGCAGGAACUACUCCCUGAAGACCAUCAGCAUGAAGAUUCGUCCUGUGCAGUAAUUUUCUAGAACGAACAAACAGAAUAUCUGUUGAUCUCUUUCUUUCUUUCUCUCUGAUCUAAUCUGUAAACUCACAAAUAAAUCAAAUAAAUAUUUCCAGCAUCAAUAAAAAUCAGAGAGAAAGAAA